UACUAUAACAACUGAAGCUGUAGGAACACCGCCAAGCGCGAUAGCCUAGUUGCAGUGUUUUUGCUAGGCUUUCAGUAGAAGUUGGCAAACAACUCAAUGAAAUCAGUCUGAUAAAUUGAAGAAUCACAAUGCCGAAGAAAGGAAAAAAGGGAAAGGGGAAAGGAAAGAAGGGCAAAAAGAGCGGAAAAAAGGGUGGAAAAGGAGGAAAAUCUGGAAAGCCCAAAGUUGAUAGAGAUUCUGAAUUAACAAUGGCAGUUGCAAAUGCAAAGUUAUGGGCAAGUCGGCUUGAGGUUACUGAAGUUUCAAGAAAUGAAUACAGAGAAUCUUGUAAAAAGUUAGCAGUAGAUAAUGAAAAGUUACAUGACACUUUGUUUCAAUCUGAAAAAGACACAAUUGAUGUUAUCACAUAUAUGAAAAAAGGAGAACUAGACAAAGAUGAUAAGAUUCAAGAGUUGGAGCAUCAGCUUCGAGAAUUCAAAAAGGAGAGUCGACAAGAAAAAGAAAAGUUUAUGGCAGAAUUUAAUGCAUCAGCUGCAGAAUUAGAAAACAAAUUACAUCAAAGAACAAGCGAAGUGAAACUAAUGCAGUCUGAAUUAAAGAUGGUAAAAGAAUUUCGAAGAAAGCGAGCACAAAUGCAAUCAGAAUUGGAUGAGAUUCGUGAAGGACUUUAUCUUGCAAACACAGAACACAAAGACACAAUACAAAAAAUGGAACACAAGUUUUUUGAAGAAAAGAUUCGCCUUGAGAGAGAAGCAAGUCAAAAAAUAGCUGAACUUGCUGAGAGAGCUCAUACAGAAGCAAUUGCAAAUUUGGAUGAAACAACAAGAUCUGUUUAUAAGGAGAAUGUUAGACUAAAUGAAGCACUGAGUUAUCAUAUAAAGGAAUCUCAAGACCUAAGAACUGAAAGAGACAAACUUCAAAGGGAGGUUGAAGAAUUACGAGCACAUAAAGAACUCAAUGAUGCAACAGUGAAAGAAAAAGUGACCGAGAGUAAACAGAAUAAACAACUUAUCGCUAAUCUCAAAGAAAAAGUUGAAAAUUUGGAAAAAGCUUUGAGUAAAAUGGUUCAUGAAUUUCAUUCUGAAAAAAGAAUAUUGGAAGAAAAAUUUCGUGUUGAAACUGCUGUUACUAGAACUGAUGUGCACAGACUUGAAAGAACUUUGUCUUUGAAAGAGAGAGAAAUGAAUAAAGUUAAAUUUGUUGCUAAAAGUAUUCUUGACCAACGAACUUCAGUUGAGGUGUUUUUCUUGGAUGCUUUGGAACAAGUUCGCACUGAGAUUGCAUUGAACAGAGCCCAGUAUGUUCAAGCAGCAAAAUCAGCUUAUCAACGUAAAAUGAUGGCAGCUCAUGCAGGUCAAGGGAGUUAUCCAAAAAUUAGAACAUUUCAAAAAUCUGACUCGAGUACAAACAGUGUCUAUGCAGAUCUAAGCGAAGCUGAAAAUUGGGCGUCAUUAGGAAAUAAAAUCGACAUCAGAGAACUAACUUGGGAGCAGAAAGAGAAAGUUUUGAGAUUAUUAUUUGCAAAAAUGAAUGGAAUUGCUAAUUUAAAGAAAAAGGAACAGCAGAAAGCCCUGCCACACCCACCAUCUGCUCCAGCUCAACUUAGCCUCACUAACAAACCAAGCGAUGAAGACAAAGCACCAGAAGCUCCUGCGUUUUUAACACAGUCAGAGGAAAUACAACAACAGCAGGUCACCAGCAUACCAGAUCACAAUACCAGCGGAGUAUCUUUACCCGAUAUUGGCAAACCUAAGGCAAUAGUCACAUCAUGAAGACUUAUUUUUGCAUCCCUGUUUUAUAUUUUUUUAUUACAUGAAAUUAUAAAAACUGUUGGAACAUUGUGAUUGAUAUUUUAGAAAUAAAAUUUUAUUCUAAUUUACAUUAUCAGAAAUAUAAAUUUUAGUGAAUUUUCAAUUGA